GAGUUAGGCCGGGGAAGGAGGAUGAGGUCCGGGUAUAAAGAGUGAUGUCAGCAGUCAGAGACUACACUCUCUGACCACCGGACACAUACAAGGAGUUUGAGCAUCAGAGGUGCGCUGAUACCUUUAGGAAAAGAAAUAUACCUGAAGUGGCUGUAGAAUGGCUAAGUUAUACAAGAAAACCUCUGGGAAUGGCACACUCACCCUUUACCUGGGAAAGAGAGACUAUGUCGACCAUGUUCAGAAUGUGGACCCUAUCGAGGGAGUGGUGAAACUUGAUCCUGCAGGCCUUGCAGGCAGGAAAGUGUUUGUGAAGCUGGCGUGUGCCUUCCAUUACGGCCGUGAGGACCUGGAUGUCAUUGGACUGUCCUUUAGGAAAGACAUCUGGGUCAAGCACAUCCAGUUGUACCCUGAUGCUGGCCACAAACCCAACCUCACUCCCAUGCACGUCUGCCUGCUCAAGAAGGCAGGAGAGCAAGGCCGUGCCUUCACUUUCGAUAUUGCCACAAACCUUCCCUGCUCUGUUACACUCCAGCCAGGACCAGAUAAUGCUGGAAAGGCUUGCGGUGUGGACUUUGAAGUCAAGACGUACAUUGCAACUGAGGCAGACCCCGAAGAGAAACUUGAUAGGAAGGACACUGCUCGCAUGACCGUCCGUAAGAUCCAGUUUGCCCCAGACGCGACUGGUGCUCCUGGGCCCAGGGCCGACAUCUGCAAGAGCUUCAUGAUGUCGGACAAGCCUGUCCACCUACAGGCCUCGCUGGAAAAGGAGAUCUACUAUCAUGGAGAUCCGAUCAACGUCAACAUCAAAGUCAAAAAUGAAACCUCCAGAACAGUGACAAAAAUCAAAAUCAUAGUUGAGCAGACUACAGACGUGGUUCUCUACUCCGCAGACAAAUACACCAAAACCGUACUUUCUCAAGACUUUGGAGAGACAAUAGAUGCCAAUAGCACAUUCGAUAAAUCCCUUGCCAUCACCCCCCUACUGGCCGAAAACAAGAAGAAGCGCGGCCUGGCGCUGGAAGGCAGACUGAAGGACGAGGACACGAACCUGGCCUCCAACACUAUUAUUAGAGCCGGUAUGGAUAAGGAAGUGUUGGGAAUCUUGGUUUCCUACAAAAUCAAGGUCAACUUGAUGGUGUCUUCAGGAGGCUUGUUGGGAGGUCUGACAGCCAGUGACAUACAGGUGGAGCUCCCGCUGAUUCUCAUGCAUCCCAAACCCCAAGAAGUAAGGGAAGUUACCCUUGAGGUUGAGUAAAUUCCCUCAGCAGUAGAGAAAAGAAAGAGGGACUGCAAAGACGAAUGGAGCAACGCCGUUGACAGCUGCUCAGAUUGAGACUGACGAACAAACCAAAGAAGAAACAGGAAUACCUCAUAAGAAGAACCAUCCAUCAAAAACACACGAUAUUGAUUUAUUUGACUAUUACAGACAUGUCCUCAGUUGUGGUUUUGUGAGCUUGUACUGUAUGUUGAUAUCCAGCCAUGCAUCUGAAUCAUAUCACUUUACCAUUCACUUAGUACUUCUCACAUAAAUCCAUGGGGGGAGUCAACGAUCACAUCCAACCAGUGGCGACGCAUCAUUCAGGGCAGCUGAGGCCGUUUUGAACCAGUUUUUUUUUUGUUAGCCUGUUUUGCAUGCUAUUUUGGCAUUCAUACGUGUCACAUAUCAGUUUGCAAAUAAUGUAAAACAUGGUCUUUUUUUUUGCUUUCUUGAGCACGGCAGCUCC